CAACUGGCAUUUGGCAUAUGUGACAGUCCGGCAAAAUAAGCAACAAUGUUUUUUUUUAUAAUUGUGCUGUAGAAACUUUUAAAAUUUGAACAUAAUGUUCCAGCGGUUAAUUUGUAAUUUUGAACUCAAAUUAUCUAGUAAACAAGCAAAUAUAUUAUUUAGAGUGCCAUUGAAAAAUAACUUAUGUCAUCAAUGUGGAUUCAGGUUAUAUGGGCAGAAGGCAGCUGUCUUACGAAAUUGUUACAAUAGAACUUUUCCUGAUAGAUUUGGGAUUUACAACCUUCGGUUGAGGUACUACACGAGCCAGGUGGACGUGCAGAAAAAGAACGAUCAUAUAGAGAAGCUAAAAGACCAAGCAACGUUAGCAACGUCGAAAAAAAUCAAUGCCAAAUUAAAGCCCUCAGAAAUAAAGCGCUUGUUUGGACUCGCUGAACCUGAAAAAUGGACUCUUACAGCUGCUAUAGGCUUCCUAAUAGUAUCAUCCAGCGUGACAAUGGCAGUGCCAUUCUCAUUAGGCAAAGUUCUAGAUAUAAUAUACAGCAGCACAAGCGAUCUGGGAGCCGCGCGAGAGAAGCUAGAUGCACUGUGCCUGAUGCUAUGUGGAGUGUUUCUAGUUGGAGGUCUUUGCAAUUUCGGCAGGGUAUACCUCAUGUCCAUAUCAGGUCAGAGGAUGACACAGGCCCUUCGAAAGCAGGUGUAUGGAGCUAUAAUGCGACAAGAAGCCGCAUGGUUCGGCAAAACGUCGACAGGAGAGUUAGUAAAUAGACUGUCGGCCGACACACAGCUGGUCGGCCGUAACCUUAGUCAAAAUGUAAGCGAUGGACUUCGAUCCCUGUUCAUGGUGGGAGCCGGCACUGGGAUGAUGUUCUAUAUGUCACCAUCGCUGGCGCUUAUCGGCUUGUGCGUGGUACCUCCAGUAUCAGUACUCGCUGUCAUAUACGGACGUUUUGUUAGAGGUAUCACAAGGCAACUUCAGGACUCGCUCGCCGAGACAAGUGAGUUGGCUGAAGAGAAAAUUUCCAAUAUAAAGACAGUGAAAGCCUUUAGCAAAGAGCAAAAUGAAUGCGAGUCAUACGGGCAGAGAAUCGAAAAUGUUUUAAAAUUGGCCUACAAAGAAUCGUUGGCAGUCGGCAGCUUCUACGGUUUGACUGGGCUCUCGGGGAACACGAUAAUAAUUCUCGUGCUGUAUUAUGGAGGCAGUAUGGUUGCUACAGAACAGCUAAGCGUGGGCAACCUUACGUCGUUUCUCUUGUACGCGGCAUACGUCGGCAUAAGCAUAGGCGGCCUGAGCAGUUUCUACACUGAACUGAACAAAGGCAUGGGCGCAGCCACGAGGUUAUGGGACAUCAUUGAUCGGGAGCCUCAAAUACCUGUUGCUGGUGGGCUAAGGCCAACCGAAAGGCCGAAAGGUGAAAUAAUAUUAGAGAAUAUACAUUUCUCAUACUCUGGUGCGCCUUUGAUAAAAGGCUUAGAUUUACACUUACUGCCGGGCAAGUCGGUGGCGCUAGUGGGCAGGUCUGGGUGCGGCAAGAGUACGAUAGCCUCGCUUAUACUGAGGCUCUAUGAUCCAGAGCAAGGCAGAGUAUUACUCGACGGUGUGGAUAUUAAAGAGCUGGACCCGCUUUGGUUGCGAAGUCAUGUCGGUUAUGUGAGUCAGGAACCUGUAUUAUUUAGUGGAUCUAUUAAGGACAAUAUAUUGUACGGUGCUUUGGACGAAUACGAGGUCGACGACGAAUCGCUGGACAAAAAGAAGGAGCCGGCGUGGUUAUCAGCGGCUCGCACGGCGCAUCUGCACGAGCUGGUGGUGGCCACGGCCGACGGCUGGGACCGGCAGGUCGGCGCCCGCGGCGGACAGCUCAGCGGCGGACAGAAGCAACGCGUCGCCAUCGCUAGGGCUAUUGUUAAGAAUCCAAAAAUCCUCAUACUAGACGAAGCUACCUCUGCACUAGAUACGUAUUCUGAAUAUUUAGUUGAUAAAGCUCUGAAGGAAAUCAGCAGAGACCGAACGGUACUUACAAUAGCCCACAGGCUCAGCACUAUUCAGUCGGCGGAUGAAGUUGCCGUCUUAGAAAAAGGAGUUAUCGUAGAAAGAGGCACUUAUGCUGAGCUUAUAGCGAAAAAGGGUGGUUUCUUCCAAGAACUAAUCACACAUCAGACAUUCGCUUCCAAAUCAAGGGAAAAUAGAGACAUGCAAAACACAUAGCAAUGAACAAAAUAUUAGUGUUGCCCUAAAAUAUUUGGAAAAAUAAUAUCAGAUCAUAUAUUUUUUUAAAUUACUUUUCUUUAUUAGAUUAUAAAGAGUGGCUGAUGGGAAUUACAAGAAUUAAGAAUUUAAAUUGUAUCUUAAUUAUUUUAUAAUUUGCAACACUGCCAUUUUUAAACGCGGCUUACACUUUAAGGAAAUUAAGUUCAAUCAAUGUCUACACGAAAAUUUUCUUUGCGUAAUAAUUAUAGAUUCCGAUAACAAUCAACAAAAUAAAUGCAAUACUGUCAUGUUGGAGUUAUAUGCAUAAAACCAGCAUAGUUUUAUUUGAAUAAGUAUUAUGGCUUACAUUGAUAUUCGCUUUAAAUAAAUAACCAAUAAAAUACUUGACAUAAUUGGUUAUUAUUUGGUGGGGUAUUGCAAUAAUGACUAAUCAUUGUACCAAGAGUGGUGGGUAUUAUGAAUUUUGCCCGCUAUUUGAUAUAAAUCGCGUAAAAUAAAACCAUUAGACCGCUUAGACAAAUCUACAUUCGUUGAAAUGUACUAUCUUAGUAAUUAGAUACAUUGUGUUAUUAAAACAUUCAGAUUUUAUCACAAUUAUUAUAAAUAGCCACGUAUUAUGUAUAUAAAAGUAUUUUGAGCUAUUCUGGAAUUUUGUGAUAUGUAAAGGUGAUUUAGGUUGAUGUUAACAUGCCAUGGUUACGGAACAAAAUGUGCUUAUAUUUCCUAUUUAUUAUGUGUUCAAAUGUUGAAUGUUUAUGAAUGUACCUAGAAUGUUUUAAAUUGUAAAGUUACAACGGGUAAUGUGAUGUUUUGACACAAAUAAAAUGGUUGUUAUUAUUUAA